AAGAGUUUGACAUCGCUGGUCCAGGGCAAUGUUGAGUGAACUGCUCUCAUGCUCUCUGGCCCCCAGGGAUGGAAAAUAAUUGUAAUGCGUUGUCCCUUCAUGCAUUAUUUAUUCGCAAUGCUCGCGUAACAUGUCCUUCGCAAUAGAAAGAUCCUUAUAAGAAGGAUCCACCGCAACGAAAGUAGUACUCACACGAUUAGUUUCCCCUCCUGGAUGGCUACAAGAUGGUUAACUUACUACCACCGAACAUCUUCAACACAAGCCUGCAGUUUUUACUCACCCAUCUGUUGCGGCUAUACUACAGCCAUCACUAUACCGUGUGCUUCAUACGAUCGUUCCACGACAGCAUCCCCUUUACCGCCGGGGAUCCACCAUUACCGCUGGUACAUAUCGUGCUAGAGGAUGAAGAUCUUACUGCUGCUGCACCGCCCAAUGGAACAGCAUGGUCCAUCAAGAAGGAAGAAUUCUGCCAAAAGCUACUCCAAGCCGUGGACACCAACUGUGGCGGAUUUGUCGUUACCGAAUCGAUCCUAUUCCCGUUUCUGGAACACUUCUACGAGGUGCACAAAAGGGCAAAGCUACGUCCGUCGCCGAAACACCUGAUCGCCAUGACGACAUCUGCAACGUUCGAUCGCAGCAGGCUGUUGCAAUACAACCAGACACUCGAAGCGUUGGUCAACUUGCUGCUAAUCGUGCGUUCAUCAUCGGACAAAGGAAACCAUCACCGGAAGGACGCGUUCGAACUACACACAACGCAGCUGCUCCCGAAUUACCCGCUCGGUGUAAGGAUCGAGUUGGUGCAAAUUGGUAAAAUAGUACUGAAACAGGACGCGAAUGGAGUGGUCGAGUUUGAGCCAAAGCACGAUACCGAAAUCGACUUCUUUCCCGAUAAAGUGCGUGAUAUGAAAGGAAGAAGGGUGCGCGUUAGCACGUUAGAGUAUGUGCCCUGUUCCGUCUACAAGAAAGUGCCCAUCGGACAAGGAAAUGCAAAGUGUGCUGAUGAUGCGGCACAUGAGUUUUGGCUGGAUGGAUUCGAACUGAUACUGACCAUGGAGUUUUGCCGCCGUCACAACUGUACCGUGGAGCUAAUUAACCAAACGGAUUGGGGCGAAGUGUUCGAGAAUGGAACCACCACAGCUAUACUGCACGAUCUUGUGGAACAGCGGGCGGAUGUCGGUUUGGGGGCCCUACUGGCAUGGCACGCCUGGUUCCAGCUGACAACCAUCACCCAAAUGAUCGGCAUAUCGAUGAUCUCGGCCCUGGUACCGAAGCCCCGCCUGCUACCAUUCUGGCAAACGCCAUUCCUGUCCUUUCCUCCCUCCCUGUGGCUUGUCGUAGGUAUCACCUUCACUGCCGGCACGCUGACCGUUUUCAUGGUCAGUGUUGCCCGGCUGCGAAUCUUACCACCCAAUGGUGACGAUCGUCAGAGGCAAUCUCGCUCCCAGCACCUGCUGGACGCACUGUUCUUCAUGUUCAGCCUGUACGUGGAGCAAUCGGCACGGCUGCGCAAAGAUCUGCUAGCCGCGGCCAUUCUGCUGGCCGCCCUGCUGUUCGGUGGGUUCAUGAUCGGUAACAGCUAUGCCGGCGCACUCGCCAGCACUCUGACGCUGCCACGGUUCGAAGCGUCGAUCGACACGGUUGACGAUUUUCUGGCACGGGACAUGCGCUGGACGGGCGGUAGCGCCGUGUGGAUCUACACGCUCUACCUGGCGACAACGCCUGCCAUGAUACGCAUGCGGGAAAGCUUCGUCGUCAUACCGGACAGUGCGGAGCGCGAAAGGCUGCCCUUUACCGAUCGGCGCAUGGGCUACGUCAUCGAGGGUAUGAUGCACGGUAGCUACGGGCUGGGGACACCGCUCGCCCUCAAUGCGUCCCUGCUGCUGCAACCGCUCAAGCAACCGAUCUACUUGGAUCACACGAACGGGUUCUGCAGCAAGGUUUGGCCUCUCCGGGACGCUUACAAUGCGUUCAUACUGGAGGUGCACCAGUGCGGUGUGCUGCACUAUCUGGAGCUUACGUCCCUCAUACGACACUAUGGACUGACGGUGCAGCGCAACAUUGUCACGGCACGCUCGCAGGACAACGGUCACGAACCUGUUGCGCUUUCGAUCGAUCACUUUUUGGGUGUAUUUUUCAUCUACUUCUUUGGCAUUAGUUUGGCCUGCAUCGUGUUCGUAGUGGAGCUGGUACUUGACCGAUGGAAUGCAAGAUUUCAAUAAUCGCGAAAAAGGAGAGAGAGAGAGCAAUUAUGUUUUCAAUAGCUAUC